GCUCGGAUGGUGAAGGUCUCCAUGGAGAGCAGCCUUUAUUUCCAGCUGGCAUGCCCCAGUGAUGUGUACCACAUCGUGCCACCGGGCGCCUCUGCCCCUGUGCGCAUCCGCUUCACCCCCGACGAGAACAAGAAUUAUUCCCAUGAGCUCACCUGCAUCACUGCCAAGGAGAAGAUAGUUGUGCCAAUUGAGGCCAUCGGUGCUCGAGCCAUCCUGGACUUCCCUGCCCAGGUGGAGUUCUCAGAGUGUCCGGUCAAGUACACGACCCAGAAGAUUCUGCUGGUUCGCAAUGUCGGUAACCGGACAGCUCAUUACCAGCUGAGCACCCAGAGACCUUUCUCUGUGGUGCCGACCUCGGGAAUUCUGGGUGCCGGUGACACCAUGCGGGUGACAGUGAGAUUUCACGCGCUGACCAACGGGGACCAUUUUGGGUCCCUGGCAGUGUGCUCCAACCCAGGUGAAGAAAGUAUCCAGAUAAAGCUCCAUGGAGAUGCUGUAGAGCUCGAUAUUGUGUUGAGCACAAAUUCCGUGGAUGCUGGCAAGACUUUCAUCACCAAGUCACACCAGACAACCGUGUUAAUCGAAAAUAGGAGUAACAUCACAGCACACUUCCAGUGGAAGGCUCUUCCUACUGAGGAAGAUGAGAACGAAGAGAAGAGGAGGCAGAGUCUUUUCCUGCACCCCUCAGGUGAGGACUGGCUGGAAAACUUCAUGGAGGAGAAAGAAGUAGAGAAGGAGCAGGGCUUUUGUGAAGAUCACACUACCCUCCUGAGAAGCAAGGUCCAGGAGAAAAAGGAGGGAGAAAUUGGGCCCAACUCUUCGGCAAAAAUCAAGGUGACCUUCAAACCCCUGGAAGCAAUGGAGUAUCAAAGCCGUGAGAUGAGGCUGCCCCUGCUCCUCAGAGGGCAAGGCCAAGAACCCUUGGUUGAAUUCAGCAUCCCUACACUGAACCUCGGGAAUGUUUUUGUCUACACCCCCUAUGUCUAUGAGGUGGAACUGAUUAACCAAGGAGCUCUUGAUGCUCCCUUCACCUAUAUCCCUUCAACCACAGAUGUGGACUUCCAUUUCAAGUUUAAGCCCGAGCGGGGCAUCAUUCCAGCAGGUGGGACCCAGACUGUUCAGGUCUCCUUCGAUGCCACCGUGCUGGGGAGCUUUGAGAAAGAAUUUCAGUUCAGUAUGGCUGGAUCUCCUAGACCUGUGAUCCUGACCAUCAAGGGCACCGUCACUGGACCGGAUUUAUACUUCGAUGUCCCUGACCUCGACUUCGGGGACGUCUCCUUUGGCUUUCCCUGCACCAAGAGCAUUUGCCUCACUAACAACUCCGUGGUACCCGUGACGUUCAAGCUCCGCAUGUCGGAGGAUGGCAUGCAGCCGGCUGUGAGCAGCUUUGAUCAAAUACACAAAGAAGGUGACCCAUCCUGGGACAAGGGAAUUAAAUUCUGUAUGGAGCCAAGGGAGUUCACAAUUAAUCCCAGCCAAGGCACCAUUGUCCCUCAGGGACACCAGCAUAUUAAGGUGACCCUCUGUUCCAACACCGUGACGAGAUUCAAACGGAGAUUGCUGGUGGACCUGCAGGGUAUUGCUAAGGAAGUGGCAACGGUGUUCAUCAUAGCCAGAUGUGUUGUUCCUGAGCUGAAUGUGUUCCCUAUAAUCCUGCCGUACCGUGAGUGCCUCCUGAAGGUGCCAUAUGAGAGGAAGCUCUUUGUUACAAAUUCCACCAGCCUUCCUGGCUGCUACGGGCUUAUUCCCCAGAAACGCGAGGAGGACUCUCCUGUGCUCUACAGCAGCCCCAAGCCCUGUGGGAUUGUCCAGCCUUUCAGCACUGCAGAGAUCCCAGUUGUAAUCGAAGUGCAGACAGUGGGCGAGCAUCGCACCAACAUUCUCGUCGGCGUGUUCGGGGAUGCGAGACACCCACGGGCUUCCAAAUCCUACUGCUUUGUUGUUGAACCCAGUGAAGGAGUGAUCCCUGCUAGGGGUGAGGUUCCUGUGACUGUCACAGCAACCCUGGAUGACACUGUGGGUUUUGAGGACUCUGUCCAGCUGUUCAUUAGGAACCGCCUUUGGAGCACUGUCUAUCUCCAGGCUUUCGGCAUUGGCACCACAAUUGUCAUAGAUGAACCAUUCGCCCCAGAGCUCAACUUGGGAUACCAAUUCAGCCUGGUGCCCUGUAUUCGUCAGUUCAAAGUAACAAACAAGGGCCGCCGUUACCAUCAGCUCUUCUGGAGUGCAGAAUGCUACAGCCCACCUGAGGAGGAGGCCCAGAGUGUCUCAGCCCUCAGUAGCCCCAAGGCCAAGGGUGAUUCUCGGAGCCCCAAACGUGCCAGGCCUGUGUUUGGGCUGGAGCCACUAUCGAUGGACCUGCAUCCAGGCCAGUCUGAGGACAUGGUGCUGCGGGGCUUCUCCCGCAUCCCACAGGAGGUGCAGGAUUAUGUGUUCUGUGAAGCUAUCACUGGGACAGCCCCCAAGAUGGAGAGGAUAAUAGAAACAAUCAUCACCUGUGAGUUUAUUCACCCCUCUAUAGAAGUAUCAGCCAGAGAAUUCUCUUUCUAUGUGGAGAAGAAACCCAGUGAUGUCCUGAGGCUGCAGUACCAGCCUUUGUCUUUGAAAAACACCUGCCUGCUGCCACUGGACCUCAUGCUGGACUUGGAGCAGCCGUUCCAGGUCUGUGAUGAGGAGCAGCAGCCCCUCCCAGGUGGCCAGCCUGUGAGAGUGGAUGUAGGGGAGACCUGCUAUCUCUACAUCGUGUUUGACCCAGCUUAUGAACUGGAUUUUAAGAGCUGGAAAGAAGAGAAGGUUCUGAAGAUAGACAUGGUCAGGGGCCAUCCUUUUGUGGAGCGUAUCAGCCUUCAGGGAGAAGUGCACUUCCCAAAUCUCGAAAUGCAGCCCAGCUCCCUGGAGUUUGGCUGCAUCAGGAUUGGCACUGAAGAAGUGCGUUUCCUGGAGAUAACCAACUGCAGCCCACUGCCCGUCCAGUACCACUGGUCAUUCCAGUCUGACAGCGAGGUGACCAGGUUUAGUGGGCUGGGCAGCAGGACCAGUGGCUGGACAUGGGCUCUGUGGGAGGAAGAAAUAGAAGAGUUUUCCUUGGAGAAGCUCACUCAGAUCCUACAGACCUGUGUUGUGUGUGGGAAUUUUUGCCUUCACAAUGUGCAAGCAGAACAAAUUCCUGAAUACCCUCGCCUCCUAGUGGGGUUUGAGGGAGUCAGUUGCUCCGUGGACACACCGCAGACUUCCCUCGAAGCAGAGGAGGCUUUCAGUAUCCUGCCAGUGUCAGGUGUGCUGCAGCCAGGAGAGAGCCAGCAGGUCUCCUUCACCUUCUGUGGCCACCUCAACACCAUCUCCGAUGUCACGGCGCUGUGCCACGUGGAGGGAGGCCCCACCUACAAGGUGCUGGUGACUGGGGAGAUCUCACAUCUCAGCUACCUCGUGAGGCCCCAGGAGAUCAACUGUGGCUUACAGAUCUUUAAUGAAAUUCGUCACAGCAAUGUCACCCUGGUGAAUGGUGGCAAGAUUGAACUCAACUGGGUGCUAAACCCUAGCCCUGCAGAUAAGCAUCUGCCUGGUGUGUUUCUGGUCAACCCCACCACUGGUUCCCUUGCACCUGGCAAGAAGCGACUGCUGAAAUUCUCUUACAUGCCAGGAUUACCAGGAGCCUUCAGCAGGACUUACCAGCUUAAAGUGGGUGACCUGGAACCAGAGAACAUCUGCCUGAAAGGAGAAGCAUCCUUUCCCAUGAUCAGUCUGGACCUGCCCUGGAACAUCAGAGGAAAUGAAAAAUAUGAGAAGACACUGAAACGGCUCAUAAAACGCCGGCAAAUAUUUGAUCCCAGCUAUAAAUCAGCUGUUCUGAAGAAGCCCCAGAGCCCAAAGACUGAGACCUUGAAGACUCGGGACCUGCAGCCCAGCGUGCUUGCCUCUGGCACUGUAUCAGACACUCAGCUGCAGAUAGAGAUGAUGAGGAUGCUGAUAGAGAAACCUUUUGUAGAACUGCAGCAAAUUCUUCCAUCCCAUCCCCUGAAGAGCAGGUUCCCUGACAAGGAGCUGUGCCAGAGUCUUGUCAAAGCUGGGAACAGCCUGGACUCCAGAUGGGCUCUGGUCCUGGUGGCUGUGACACGCUGCAUAGUUGAGCUGCUCGAAUAUGUCCUGGACAUGGGCCCUGUCCUUAAGGGUUACACUGAGUCACACUCUCUGAAGAUCACCAACCCUGGGCAGAUCCAUGUGUCCUUCCAGGUCGAUGUAUCUGUCCUGCAGGACACAGGUUUCAGCGUGGGCCUGGACCAGAUGAUUUGCCUGCCCCCCAACAACAGCGUGGACUUCGACGUGCGCUUUGAAAGUGCCCACAAGCCGUAUGGUGACGUGGAAGUGGUGCUGCCCAUAGAGGUGACAGAAGGCCCUAUGUACAGCAUCCGCAUCCGUGCCACUGUGUUGGAACUGUCACUCACCCUCUCCAAGAACAGACUGCAGUUCUCUGACAUCCUUGUUGGGGACUGCCAGGUUGAGACCAUCCGACUCUUCAACUGGUUCCGAGUACCCUGCAAAUGGUUCAUUGCUUCCAAGGAGCCUGCUCUGAGGAACAAUCAGCACGAGCCCUGUCCCUUUGACGUGACGCCCUCCAAAGGAACCCUUGAUCCAGGAAAGUGGCAGAACUUGCAUAUCCAGUUUACACCUGAGGAGGAGAGGUCUUACAAGAAUGAGCUGGAGCUUAUCAUUUGUGGGAGCAGCAAUCGCUUAAAGCUGCACCUCUCAGGACAAGGUCUGAAGCCACGGUUGGAGUUCAGGCCCCCAGCACUAAAGAUGGGAUGGAUGCUGGUGGACAGCGAUGGGGUGGAGGCCACAGUGGUGGUGAAGAACCCAUGCAACUUCCCCAUUGAGUUUUACUCCCUGGAUUUUGAUGAGCAGUACCUUGAGGAGGAGAAGAUCCUGCGGAUGGCAGUGGGGUCUGAGUACCAAAAGAGCUUUUUUCUGCCUCCACGUGCCGUGGGUGAGACGCUGCCUCCAGAGGUGCUGCAGAAUCAUGGAGCACAGUGGAGGCCAAAGGCUCAAGAGGCAGAGCCCAAGGCCGGGGCUGAGGCUGAGGCCAAGGCCAUGGGCAAGGCAGCAGCAGCACGUCACAGAGCUGUCCCAUUCUGUCCCGAGUCCAUGGUGAAAGAGGCUGGGAAUCCUGUCUCUCGGGCUGUCCUGCACCACCUGGGCAUUGACCCGGACUCAGGGAGUUGCGAGGCGCAGCCCCACCAAGGAGGGAUGGUUGUCAUCAUCCAUGGGCCGCCCCGGGCAGGAAAGACAGAGAUAGCAGCAGGCCUGUGUCAGUAUUACGACGCUGCUUACGUGUCCAUCGACACCGUGGUGAAAGAGGCCAUGGCCAAGGACAGGAGCCCAGCGGGGCUCCGUGCCCGGGAGCUCUGCACCCAGGCUGCCCUGGAGCUGGAAGGCAAAGACGAAGGUGAUGCUGAUAAAAAAUCUCAGACCAAGAAUAAACGAGCCUCUGGGGAAAAAAUCAAGAAUGUCAAAGAAAAGACCCCUCCAUCACAAAACGAGGAGUCAGCCAGCAGACUUGGUAAACAUGACAUCAAGUUCACAGUUUCCACUGCUCCUGCGCCCCAGCAGCUGAACAUCGUCAGCAGUUGUGGGGAAGAGCUGAACUGCUUGAGCUGUGUGCUGCCCGAGGAGCUGCUGGUGGACAUCCUCAGUGAGAGGCUGCAGCGUAAAGACUGCUCCAAGGGAGUGAUCUUUGAUGGCUUGGAGAGCCUCUUUGCAAGCAGCCUGGAAUCUUCCCUACUCUGCGUACUCAAAGCUGUCAAGAAUCGUUGUCAUAUCUUCAUGGUAAACCUGCAUGAGGAUUAUGAUUCUUGGAAAGCCAGGGAGGAAGCUGAAAGAAAAAGGAAGGAAGCUGAAACCGAGAAGGAAGAAAUGCAGCGGGAAAAAGCUCUGCAGAGGAAAGCAGAACGUAUCUUGCAAAUAGAUGAGGAUGAGUAUGAUGCUCUCCCUAAGGAGAAGAAAGCAGAAGUGGAUAAAAUAAUCCUGGAAAGGAAGCGCAUACGGAGGAAAAAGGAGCUGAAGCAGCUGGCUCAAAAACAUGAGGAGGAGGCAAAAGCCUUAGAGAGGCAGAAGGAGGAAAAGAAGGGUGUCUCCGUGCAGAAGCAACCUCCAAAACCAGCGAAGGAGGAAACCAGAUCACCCGAGGGGAAGGAAGCCCCAGAGAAGGGGGAAACCAAAGCCCCUGAGACUGGAGAAACCAAAGCCCCAGAGAAAUGGGAAACCAAAGCUGCAGGGAUGGGGGAAACUGAAAUCCCAGAGGACCCAGCUGAGAUUGAGAACUUGAUCCUGAGGUUUCAGAUUUAUGAUUCAUCGCAGCAGAAUGUUGCACAGGUUUUCUCCUGCUGGGACAGGGUUCAGGGUACCGUGCAGUUACCUGUGAUCCAAAAGGGAAAGUCUCCAGCUGAAAACAAAGGUCAGAAGACCAAUAAGCCUCAGGAGAAGGUGGAGAAGAAGCCUGAACAAAAAAGUGGAGACCGAAGAAGUCUUCAGUCAUCUCAGCUGGGGACGCGAAGCGAAGCUGCCGAAGGAGCAGUCGGAGACGAGCACAUUGGGGUGCCGUGCCUGGACAUUGAGGUCUCAGAUCCAAAGGCCAUGAUUGGGCAGAUCCUGAGGGAUGGGAAGCUGCCAAAGGAAGACCAGCUGCUGAAACAUCUGGGACUGCAUCCUGAUGGCCCCCCCCUUCCCCCUGCUGCUGUGCUCUCCAUAGUCGAGUACCCAGAGGAGAGGCUGGGCUCUGCAGAGCGUGUGGAGCCCUUCAGCAUUGUGGCACCAGAAGGUGCUGCUAUAGAAGAGGAUCUGCCCAAGGCCCCAGAUGUGAAGGGCAGUUCUUCCAAGGGCCAUCCAAAGACAGGUAAAGCAACCAGCAGAGACAGCUCUGCAAAGGAGAAGCAUAUCUCCACACAGAGAGCAGAAAGUCCCCGGGAUUCCUCUGCAACAGGAUCCAAAAGUACAGUGGGAAGUGCCUCAGUCCCCACAGAAUUCCUCAGGCUGAAACGGUACCGGUGGAUAGUGCCUGCCCACGGUGAGGUGGAACUGAAGGUCAACUUCUCCGCCAAAAAGCCAGGGAGGUUUGAGCAGACACUGAGGUUUGAGCUCGUGCAGUCAAAGCGCCUGUACGAGCUGCCCUGCUGUGGCACCGGCCUGUACCCCAGCAUCUGCCAGAACCCACGGGUGGUGUUUCCACAGUGCAGGAAAACCAUGAAGGAAGACGAAGUCAUCUUCAAGGAAUACGUUGAGAGCACAAAGCAAUUCCACUUUGGACCGCUGCUGUGUGGGAAAUCAAGAGAGUGGUACAAGGCCCUGAACUGUCCUGGCAACUCACAGCAUAUAACCAUCCUCAACAACUCCCCUAUGCACAUAGAGGUCCACUUCUCCUUUGAGAAUGAUGGGGAAGCAGAGACAUUCCUUCUGGACCCUCCCAGCCUAACCCUGAAACCAAAGGAGAAGCAGGAGCUGACCAUUUGGGCAUACCCCACUUCCCUUGGCUUCCUGGAAGACAAGCUCAUCUGCAGCAUUGAGAAGAACCCAGAGCCAGUGGUCUUCAGCCUGUGCUGCUAUGGGGUGCAUGUGAAGCUGGAGAUCAGCCCCCCAGAGCUCUCUUUUGACAAGCUGCUUCUGCACAGGACUGACAGCAGGACCUUGGUCCUGAAAAACAACAGCCUGCUGCCCAUGGCCUGGCAGCUCAAUGGGCUGGAUUACCUUGCUGAGAACUUCUCCUUGUCACAAGAUAAUGGCAUCCUUGAUCCCUCCUCAGAGUUGGAAGUGACAGUGCAUUUCAAGGCUGAGCAGAUUGGCAUAAUUGAGAAGAUCCUUCGACUAGAGGUUUCAGAUAUAGAAAAUGUCCUGGGAGUUGUCCACACUGAAAACAUCGAAAUCUCUGCAGAGGUCUAUGAAGUUUCUCUGACCAUUGACUUCAUACCUGAAGGUCCAGAAGGAAGCUUGGAAUUUGGAACCAUUAAUGUCAUGGAUAACGUGAAGAAAGUCUUAAGUUUAAACAACAAAGGGGUAUACAACAUUGAGUACAGGUUCAUGCUGAAGGGUGCAGGUCCCAGGAUGCGAGACGCGGCAUCCCACUUCACUGUUGCGCCUCAGUCGGGCGUGCUGAUUGCCUCCCAGCCUGCUGUGAAUGUUGAGAUGCUCUUCCACCCCACCAGUGAAAUGCUCCUCAAGAACAGACCCAUCCUGUACUGCCAGGUGACAGAUGCCAGAUUAGGUCGAGGAGGCCCGGUUGUGGCUGACAUCCCACUGAAGGUGUCGGCCAAAGCCGUGUACAGCAAGUACAGCAUUGAGCCUGCCUCACCCAUCAACUUUGGAGCCAUGAUCAAGGGCACCAAGAAGAGCCAGAUUGUGGUGCUGGAGAACAAAGGCAUGCUCCACUUCAAAUUCUGCAUCCGCCAACCACCCGAGGAUGCAUCUGCAUCAGAAAGGAAAAGCUCAAAGGAAGGGGAAUCUGCUCCAUUGGCUGCUAGGCUCUCACCAGCAAGGAAAUCGAGCUCCUUCACACAGAGUCACCUCAAUCUUGGCAUGUUCACGGUGUCCCCCUGCUCCGGCUCCAUCGGUCCGUGGGGCCAGCAGAAGAUCACAGUGGACUGCUUCGCAGGGCAGGAGGGGAAAUGUGAGGAGCAGCUCUACAUUGACAUCCCGGGCAGAGACCCCAAGGAGAAUCCCCUGGGCAUUCCCUUCACCCUGAUUGCCGAGUCCUGCCUCCCAGGACUUGCUGAGGAUGUGCUGUUAAUCUUCGAGGAGUACCCGAUCUGCAGCAGCACCAACCUCGACCGCAAGAUGCAGUCGGUGAAAGGCACGGGCCUGUUCGUCAGAGAUGAGAACAGGUUCAUCUUCAACAAGGUUCUGGUUGGCCAAGAGGCAGAAGCUCAUUUCAGUAUCUACAGUGCAAGCAGCCUGCCGUGUGAUGUGGUCCUCUCCAUCAAACCCCUGCCUGGAGAGAGGGAGAAGUGA